AUGUUCCCUGUGGAAGCAGAGCAGGAACGCUCGCAUUCUAAAUCUGAUAACUUGCCCAAUCCGCAGGGUGGCUCCGUGCAUAACUCGGUCACCACAUCUGAGGCUACGCCGCUUUUGGGCCACACUCCUACUGCCAGAGACACGAUCGAAUCGUUGACGCAGCACCCGCCUAUAUCAGACCCGCUCCUCUAUUCCACUUUCACUUUUCGCGGGCUUGCCAUAGGCCUCGUCCUCGGCACAAUCAUAUGCCUUAUAAACAUCUAUUUCGGUUUGAAGACGGGUCGCGUCACUGGUUUCCCUCUGGCGACUGCAUAUAUCGCUAACAACAUCGCCUGCCAAUUUGGCCCGCCGCUUGGUGUCCCUGAGAAUGUCUUCGUGGUGGCCGUGGCCACGGCAAUGGCAGCGAUGCCUAUGACUGCAGCACUUGUUGGGGUCAUUCCCGCGUUAGAAUAUCUUGUUGGACCCGAAGACGGCGGACCUAUACAGAUUCCAUGGUUCCGCCUUCUGACCUGGUCGGCUGGUGUUUGCGUCUUUGGCCCGAUCCUUGCCAUGGCGUGUAGCAGCUAUUUUCUCAUGUUCAAAGACUUGCCCUUUCCACCAGGUACCGCGACAGCGAUUUUGAUAAAGAGAUUUCAUGCAAAAGCCACGUCUCGAAAUACCUUCACCGGAUCGCGCUUCGAAGAAAGAGGUGAUCCUGGAACAGAUUCCAGUGGCAUGGUGACUGAGCCCAGUGGGUCGAGCCCUUUGGUACAUCAGCGAGAGACGGCAAGCUGGGCUUUUAAUGUUUCUAUUGUGGUCUCUGGGGUAUGGACGCUAGGGGGACAUCUUAUACCAUUGAUUACCUCUCGAUUUGGUCUUACAGCUCUGGAAAGCUGGCCAUGGAAUGUACAGUUUUCUGUCGGAUCCGUUGGUCAGGGAGUGAUCACCGGUCCCAAGGUUGCAUUCUACAUGCUUUUUGGUGCCAUUGUACGGAUGAUAUUGUGUUCAUGGAUCUCAACGAAAAUGAAUUGGCAACCCGAUAAAAACGAUGACUGGGACGGUUUCAGAGGCUGGAUAGUAUGGCCAAGUCUGGCAGCGUUGCUUGCACAUUGUCUGGUCAAUUUUGUCUGGGCGUGCACGAAGCGUUCGAUCCUUUCCGUUUUUCGAGGCACUGCAACCUCACCUUGUUUGGGAGACACUGCCUUACCACAACACUCCAAUGCAGGGUCGCCCAAUAUCACAAGCUCAGCAAGUAGCGUUGAAGAUCGCCCUGCCGUGACAGAACGUGCAAUAGAAACACGAAAUUCCGUGUACUCCGGUAUAUCUUCAAAGCAGAUUGGUCUUUGUCUCGCUUUGGCCACGCUUUUGUGUAUCGCCUCUGCCAAACUCUCCCUUGCCGAGUCUGCGACAUGGAUCCAGUUACUUCUCGUUGUCUUACUCGCUCUUCCCCUUAGCAUCGUAGCCAUACAAGCAAUGGGACAGACUGGCAUGAAUCCAGUGUCUGCUCUGGGCAAGGUAGCUCAAAUAGCAUUUGGAUUAAUUGUUGCCCGCACAAGUUCGAAUGCUAUCAUUGUCAAUCUGAUUGCUGGAGCAAUCGCCGAGUCCGGCGCAUGCCAGGCCGCGGACCUGAUGUGCGACCUUAAAGCAGGGUCUCUCCUUAAAGCCUCACCCGACGAUCUGCUCAAGGGCCAACUGGUAGGAUCACUAGUCGGAGCAUUUGUAGCCAGCAGUUCCUACGCACUUUUCACCUGGUCCUACCUCCCGAAUCCCGGCACUGUAGCCGCGCCCGUCGACAUGCCGUCUGCUCACAUGUGGUUCGAGGCGGCUAAGCUUUGUGCCGGUAAGGGGCUGCCCGAAGAGGCUGUAGGGGUUUCUAUCGUGAUGGCGCUAGUUUUCACCAUAAUAGCUGCUGUGAAGAUCGGGUUUGCAGAGGCGUGGUGGGGUUGUCUAAUCCCAGAUGGUGUUUCGUUUGCGUUAGGAAUGUUCAAUGUGUGGAGCUUGACGGCGGGAUGGGUGAUCGGAGGUCUUGUCCAUUGGUGUUGGUCCAGGUACUACAGGGGCGAGGAGGACGUUAUCAUACUGAUCGCGAGUGGCUUGAUGCUUGGGGAAGGGGGGGUGGAGCUUGCUUCGAUACUCCUCAAACUGGCCUGGAACUUGGUCUUCAAGUGA